AUGGCGCUUGACAAGAGCCUCGAAGCGAUCCUGCACAGCGAGUGCUCACAUCUCGGAAGUCAAUUCACGUCACGCAAUGCGACGUGCGUGAUAGCAAAGCCCAGUGGGCGCAGCCUGUUCGCUAAGGUGAGCAGCUCGGUCGAACAGACGAUUGGGGAGGCGGAGAGCCUCAAAGCGCUGACAUUAGCGCUGGGAACAGAAACCAAUGAAGCGAGACUCACACCAGAAGUGCAUUCGUCGGGGAAAACUGCCGACGGCCGAGCCUACCUGGUGACGGACUACUUGCAACUCAGGCCAUCGAUAGGUAGAGCAGGGCAGAAAAGGCUGGGAAAAAGGCUGGCCGAGAUGCACAAGCGUGGUAUCAACCGAGAUGGUUGCUUUGGAUUCGAUGUAGCCACCUUCUGCGGAGUUACGCGGCAGGACAAUAGCUGGAACACCUCGUGGCCUAAGUUCUGGGAAGAUCAAAGAAUUGGUGACCUUGUCAAUCGAAUUUUUGCCGAGCAAGGCGAUUCCGAGCUGAAAGAUCUGGAGACACAGAUGCGAGACAAGGUGUAUCCUGUACUUUUGGCACCGCUCGAGGGGAAGGUCAAGCCGAGCAUCCUGCAUGGCGACCUGUGGUCUGGCAAUGCAGGUACAGUCGUUGACUCUGGUGAGCCGGCUCUCUUCGAUCCGUAA